AUGGACUACGUCACUCAGCCUACUCAGCAGGCGACCCAAGCUACCCAAAAAUAUAUCAUUGAGAAGUUUAGCCAAGAGCAGAUCGAUGAUGACAUCGUAUGUCGAAUGAUUUGUACGACGGGUCAGAUACCUAUCCGAGACCUACGCGCAGAGCUCCGAGAUGUGGUUGGAAAGAAGGAGUCCAUCAAGAAGCUUUGGACGUUUGGUAGGAACCCUCAAUGUGACUAUCACCUAGGGAACACUUCACGGUUUUCAAACAGACAUUUUCAAAUCAUGCUGGGAGAAGACGGGAACUUGCUCCUACGUGAUACCUCUACCAACGGAACUUGGCUGAACGGGGAAAGGCUAGUCAAAGAGAGGAACCAAAUUCUGUCUCAGGGUGAUGAAAUUACAGUCGGUUGGGGCGUCUCGCAGGAUGUUUUGAGCUUGGUCGUGUUCAUAAAUGACAAGUUCAAGCAGAGACUCGAGGCCGCAAAGGCCCACGGUAGCAAAUCAGCUAAGAGCCGUAGCUCUAGAGGAGCCUCCUCCAGUGCUCAACUCACGGGUAUUCUACGAGACUACUCCAUCAAAGACGAAGUCGUGGGCCAGGGCGCCUUUGCGACUGUUAAAAAGGCCAUAGAAAGGAGAACUGGCAAGACACACGCAGUCAAAAUCAUCAAUAAACGUAAAGUCAUGGGGAAUAUGGAUGGCGUGACGCGAGAGCUGGAAGUCCUGAGAAGACUAAACCACCCACGGAUUGUUAGCCUCAAAGGCUUCUACGAAGACAAAGAAAGCUAUUACUUGGUCAUGGAGUUUGUAUCAGGAGGCGACCUCAUGGACUUUGUUGCCGCCCACGGGUCUGUGGGUGAAGAUGCAGGGCGCGAAAUUACGCGACAAGUCUUGGAGGCUGUUAAAUACAUUCACGCUAUGGGGAUUAGCCACCGUGACUUGAAGCCGGACAAUAUAUUAAUCGAGCGGGAUGAUCCCGUGCUUGUAAAGAUAACCGAUUUUGGCUUGGCCAAGAUCCAAGACAAUGGAACCUUCAUGAAGACCUUCUGCGGGACCUUGGCGUAUGUGGCUCCCGAAGUAAUAAGCGGGAAGAAUUCCGAGGAAAAAGAGGGCAACAAAUACUCAUCGCUUGUUGACAUGUGGUCGAUAGGAUGCCUUGUAUACGUGAUCCUAACGGGCCACUUACCGUUUAGUGGAAGCACUCAGCAGGAGCUCUACAAACAAAUCAGCGCGGGCUCGUAUCACGAAGGCCCGUUAAAGGACUACAGAAUUUCGGACGAUGCCCGGGACUUUAUAGAAUCAUUUCUCCAAGUGAACCCCAGGGACCGCAUGACCGCCGAGCAGGCGCUUAAGCAUCCAUGGAUAAGGACCGCAGACAGCCAGAGCUUCAUAGACUCUCAGGUCAGUCUUUCCCAAUCUAUGUCACAGCAAAAGGCUAGCGAUAACGUCAGCGACGCCCAACAACAAUUCAUUAAUAUGAGAGCUACCAAGCCCAAAGAUGAGCAGCCACAAUCAUCGCCGCAAGAGCCACAGACACAGCAGCCCGUUUUCAAAAUUCCGGGACACCGCCCAGUCAGGUACACGCAGUCCUGCGUGCCAGAAAACUCACAGCCAAGCAGUCUAAAACAGGUGCGAACGGCGAACUUUGAUUUCAACUAUGCUUCGCAAGCUAGCGACGAGAGCCAGCAGCCGGUACAAAUACCAAGAGGCAGGGUGCCGCCUCGGCUAGCCGACCCUGACAACGAAGAUGACGUGCGACUCAAUGCAGACAGCAUGACCGCUGCAGGCGGCAGAUUCAUAACGCUACGGUCAACUGCCGAAAGCUCAGUCAAGGGCGUUAUUGAGAUAAAGCAAGGCGUGAAUCCUUUUUUCAUCGGACGGUCCCAGGACUGCAGCUGCAAAAUCGAGGACAACCGACUAUCUCGAAUCCACUGCUUCGUGCUGAAAAAGAGACAUCCAAUUGGGGACAGCAUCCACGAAUCGCCCGCCCAGGGUCUCGAAGACCUGUGGUAUUGCCAUUCUGGCACAAACCUCAGUUACUUAAAUGACGUGAAGCUCACACAGGGAACCAAAGCUUUGUUGUACGAAGGCGACGAGAUCAAAAUAAUUUCUGACCGAGCUAACAAUUUUGUGAUAUCUUUCGUAGUCGAGAUUAACGAUUCUACAGGGCUCUUUAACCACGGAAAACCCUUCCCUGGACACGAGAGGCUCGUGGAGCAACAGACGCCGGAUGAACUUGGCUUGACCAGAAAGCUGACUGAUCUCAAGAAAGCCUUCGCUUCACAAAACUCUAGCAAAAGGGUACGCUCAAUCAGUCUCAGCCAGGAUCCCAACAAAAAAGCUAAACGCGCAAGGCUUGACAAGGCCGAUAAAGGUGGGGCGAACUUGCAAUUUAUAUAG